CGGGAGUUCCGGCAGAGGGCGCUGUAAGCAGCAGGAGGAGGAAGCGGGUGACGUGUCCCUCUGGUCGGAAGUAGCUGUGCGACUGCGGAGACCGAGACAGCGAGCAGCAUGAUCACGGACGUGCAGCUGGCCAUCUUUGCCAAUAUGCUUGGCGUGUCUCUCUUCCUGCUGGUGGUCCUGUAUCACUACGUCGCUGUCAACAAUCCCAAGAAGCAGGAGUGAUGGAGGACGCCGGGCGCUGUGUUGGACAUUUCGGACGCCUCCCAGCGGUUCCCGUAUCCCACCCUGUCGGCAUUCCUGUCUGCUCACUAUAAUGUACAUAUAUUUUCUAUCAUUAGUGUCUCUUGUAUCGGAUACGGACGUUUGGGAGGGGGAAUAAACCUGAAGGAUGUAGUGUGA